AUGGAGACUCAUAACUUGACUGUCAAGCAAUUUUCCUACUGCUUCUUUCUUAGCAUUUUUGCAAUCUUCAGUUUCCAAGCUCAUUUCUCUGAAGCAGAAACUCACUACCAUGAUUUUGUUAUUCAAGCUAGACCAGUGAAGAGGCUGUGCAGAACCCAUAGCACAAUUACAGUGAAUGGGCUAUUUCCAGGACCAAUAUUGCAAGUGCGCGAUGGCGACUCUCUUGUGAUCAAAGCAAUAAAUAAUGCUAGAUACAAUAUUACCCUCCACUGGCAUGGAAUCCGACAGCUGCGAAAUCCAUGGGCAGAUGGACCUGAUCGCAUCACUCAAUGCCCUAUCCAACCAGGAAGGAGUUAUACCUACCGGUUCACAAUCCAAAAUCAAGAGGGGACUUUGUGGUGGCAUGCUCAUAGCAGAUGGCUUAGAGCCACCGUUUAUGGUGCUCUAAUCAUUCGUCCUAAAUUGGGUUCUCCAUACCCAUUCCCAAUGCCCAGGAGUGAAAUUCCCAUUCUUCUUGGGGAGUGGUGGGACAGGAACCCUCUGGAUGUCGAAAGGAUAUCAGAUUUCACAGGUGCAGCACCAAAUGUGUCUGAUGCUUAUACCAUCAAUGGCCAACCCGGCGAUCUCUACAGAUGCUCCAAGCAAGAAACUGAGAGAUUUCCUGUGGAUGCUGGCGCAACAAUCCUACUACGGAUCAUAAAUUCUGCCCUGAACCAAGAACUCUUCUUUGCAGUUGCCAACCAUAGAAUGACAGUAGUUGCAGUUGAUGCUUCCUACACCAAGCCUUUCACAACCCCAUUCAUCAUGAUAGCACCUGGUCAGACAACCGAUGUCCUUAUCACUGCUGAUCAAACCCCAGGUCGCUACUACAUGGCAGCUCAUGCCUAUAACUCAGCCAAUGCACCUUUUGACAAUACCACCACAACUGCAAUCCUCGAAUACAAAUCUGCUCCUUGCAAUGCUAAGAACGGGAAGUCGUCAACACCUAUCUUCCCACAACUACCAGGUUUCAAUGACACAAACAGUGCAAUUGCAUUCACUUCCAGCCUAAGGAGCCCUUCCAAGGUUAAAGUCCCCCUUCAGAUCGAUCACAACCUGUUUUUCACAGUGGGAUUAGGACUCAUCAACUGCACCAAUCCUAACAGCCCUCGCUGCCAAGGUCCAAAUGGAACUCGUUUCACAGCUAGCAUAAACAAUGUGUCUUUUGUACAACCAAGAAGAAACUCCUUAAUGCAGGCCUACUACCAAGGCCAACCUGGAAUCUUUACCACGGACUUUCCACCUGUUCCCCCUAUACAAUUUGAUUACACUGGCAAUGUCCCCCGAGGACUAUGGCAGCCUGUUAAAGCAACCAAGGUUUACAAAUUGAAAUUUGGUGCAAAGGUACAAAUAGUGUUCCAGGAUACCAGUAUAGUCACAAUCGAGAACCACCCAAUGCAUCUCCAUGGAUACCAUUUUGCAGUUAUAGGGUCAGGCUUUGGUAACUUCAACCCUCGAACAGAUCCAGCAAAGUUCAACCUAAUUGAUCCACCAUUUAGAAAUACCAUUGGAAACCCUCCUGGCGGAUGGGUAGCCAUCCGAUUCGAGGCUGAUAAUCCAGGAAUGUGGUUGUUGCACUGUCAUCUAGAUUCACAUCUCAACUGGGGUUUGGCUAUGGCUUUUCUAGUUGAGAAUGGAGUUGGCAAGUUGCAGUCUGUACAGCCUCCCCCACUUGAUCUGCCUCGGUGUUAA